AGCGCCGCCGUGCCGCGCUGCGGGCCGGGUGGCGGUGUAUUUUCGUUCAACGAGAGUGACCCGGGGAAUACCCCAGGGGGCGCUCGAGUGAGUCUGGAAUGUUAAACAGAGAACGGGGGUCACUCGACACGCACCGGUUCCUCUCACUGGUGUGUGUGAGUGAGCCGGACCCGGGCGGGCCCGGGAUGAGAGGCGGCCAUGGGAAACCUGUUGAGCCGCGCCGUGGGCAUCGCCUCCCUGCAGCCGGCCUUCGAGGCGCCUCUGACAGACGAGGAGGUGUUCUCGGCGCUCGCUCGUGUGUUCCGAUGGCGCGAGCAGCUGCUGGCCAUCGGCGGCGAACAGCACGCUGCCUUCCAGUACCAGCAGCUGCUAGCAGCCGAGCUGGGCAGCUCGCUGCAGACAGACUGGGCCUGGCAGAUGAACGAGCCGCGCAUGACCUGUUCCCCGGCGGACGGAUGCUCGGACCAGGGCCCCGGGGCGCUGCACCUCGAACGAUCCUACCUCUCCGGCAGCUCGCGUGAAGGCACCGAGGUGCACAUUCACGAGGUGCGGGAAAUAUCUGACCUCAGCCUGGAGGAAGCGUUGUACACCAAGAACCGCGAGGAGAAGUCCUACACCGAGCAGUCAUCGGACAUUGACAUUAUGUUUGAGCUGGCACCGGUCAGUGUGUACAGCGAGGAGGACCCUCCGCCAGCCCACGCCCCGCCUGGCGUGGUGGUGGUGCAGGAGUCGGCAGGGCGACCCGGCUACGUCCUGCUGCGCCAUCACCACAGCCGCUCGUGCCGGCGGCCGAACCGCAACUUCCUCUCCGGAUACACGGUGCGCAAGAGGAUGGAGCUGUUCGGAAACGCGCUGCAAGACGCUGCCAAACGCCUCGGCAUCCGCGUCACCAACUUCGAAGUCGGCGGCGGUCCGGCCUCCUGUAUCGCCGUCGACGACGAGAACAACAGCCGCAUCGACCUGGUGCCGUGCGUGCCGUGUCGCUGCUGGCCGAGCGAGCAGUACCGGCGCCGGCGGCGGCCCUCCGGCUACCCGGACGCCGCGCUCGUGGCCAGUCUCUGCGCGGCGCCCGCAUUCCUGGUAGUUGCCGGCUCCCAGAGGCUCGACAAGGACGCCUGGCGACUCUCCUUCUCCCGGCACGAGACCAUCCUGCUGCGAUCGCUGUCACAUGAGCAGCGCAUCUGUCUGACCCUGCUGAAACACUGCAACGUGAUGCUGGGCCACCGUUUCUCCAGCUACCACCUGAAGACGGCGCUGAUGUGGGUGUGCGAGCAGCGCCCGCGAGAGCUCUGGACCUGGGACCGGAUGCACGAGUCAAUGACUGCCGUGGUCGACUACCUCCUGGAGAAGGUCUCGCGCAGCGACCUCCAGUGCUACUUCUGGCCGGAGAUCAGCCUGAUGGCUGGUUACGGCAUGGAUGUGCAGCGUGACGACGUCCUGAACCUGAAGCACGGUAUGGCGCUCGCUGCGCGCUACAUGCUGGCAUGCCUCCUCGACUCGAGCGCAGGUGAUCUCUUCCAGAAGCUGCUUGGCCACCACAUGAACGGAGAAAAGUUUUACCGGCACUACUACCGCGACACACUGCGCCAGGGCCUGAACGGUUUCUCCAUGCUAAGCUCGUCCAGCCGGCCCGGGAUCGACGCCAACCUCUGGUCGGACAACUUCCUCAGGGUGUUCCAGUGGGAGAACCUGCCGAACCGCUGCAAAAAGAGCAGCUGGUUUGCCGAACAUGGACUCGGCACGGACAGCAGCGAGGAAGGUCAGCAGCCCGAGGAUGGCUGGUGAGAAGCCCAGUGCCAGCUGGUGAGAAGUCCGAGACGGUUGGUGAGAAUCCCAGGCACAAGCGGUGUUGUGCUGAGGGACGGGAUGUGAGAAGUUCGGGGAUGGGCUCUGAGAAGUUUUGGGACAGAUAGUGAUCAACAGUCGUGUGCAUGGAUCCGAGUGAUGGAUCUAUGAUCUCAGUGGAUCUCGAAGCAGACUGCAGGCUAGGAUCAAUGAUCCUACCAGACCCGGCGUGAAAAAAUUAUCCUGGAUCUCAAAGAUCUGACGAUAAACCAAGAACAUGGAUCUAUGAUCCGAGUGGAUCCCACCAUGCACAACAUUUGAAAUCAGGUUUCCAAGUGUCUUUAUGUAAUAAGUGUCACAAAACUAUGGAUUAUGACGUGCAGUCACAUAAAAUCACUAAAACAGAACGUUUGUGAGUUGCAGCGAGUGAUUUUUUUGGAUUUUUGUUGACAAAAAAUAAAUGAGGAUCUAUGAUCUCACUGGAUCUCUAAGCAAAAAUUAGACUCGGAUCUAUUAUCCUUACGGAUCCUUCGAUAAAUUAAAGAGCUGGAUCUAUGAUCCAGACGGAUCCGAGAUCAGGAUCCGUGGGAUCAGAUCCCAGAUCCAUUUUAUCGGAUCCAUGCACAUGCCUGCUAGGAAAUCUAUAGAAUGCCUGGUCAGUGGUCGAUUAGACGUUCUAUAGAAUGUCUGAUUCCACACAUUGCCUGUAACAUGUAUACGUGAUAAUAAAAGUGUCACCCUGAA